AUGAACGAAGAUGAAUCAGAACCAACAAUUGGUAAGAAAUAUAAAAGAAAACAAUAUCUUAUCAUGCGAGCUCGUGCUUUUCCCGUGUAUAGACCUAAUCAGAAUCAAAUGCAAAUUGCCCAUUUCAGACAAUGUGAUGUUUACAAUAUCGUCUCUGGAGAAUAGUUUCUUUGUUUUUCAUCACAUGGUCUGAAAUGGGCAAUUUGUAUAGUCAAAUAGGUCUAUUACAACCCAUUUUCAAGUGCAGCAACAGCACAUGCUCGAAAGGUCUGUCCUUUCAAACGUUUUAAUAUUUUUUCAAAUUUUUGGGUAUCUGAUGUCUUCAUAUCAUAUUAUAAACAAUUUACUACACUGCUAGUUUGUGUGUUACCCUGGACAAUCUUACUCCUGAGCUGUAUUUUUCUUGCACCGGAAGGCUAAAAAAAAAUACCGUCGCUUUACUAAAAUUUAUUCAGUGUUAACACAGAGCAGUGCAGUAAACCUCUAUAUUACUUUGGAUCACAAAUAUUAAAGGGCAUCAUACAAUUAAGUAAAAAACAGUGCAAAGAUUAAAACUAAGCCAGUUUUGAUGAACCUGGUCCAGUGUAAAUACCCUAAUUGUAGUGAAAUCAAUCUAAAUCUUUCAAUUAUUUCUAGAGGAACAAGCUGAAGUGGCCAUGGCAGUACUGCCAUACCUUCUUCUGCCAAAGUCUGGCCUUAUUUCAACAGAUGACUUUGUCCAUUUUCGUAUUUGUAAGUAUCAUCAAAUUAUAUUUAUUUCUGAAAGAAUAGUUAAAAUUAAUGGUUCUAGCAUCUCUAUUUGAUUGACAAGAUUACAUUAUUUUAGGAUUUGGGUGCCACUCAAUUCCAACAAUUUCAUUAUUGAACAUAUCGGUACAUACAGCUUGUUAAGGUGACUGGCUACUUUUGGAAAUAAUGUUAAACUUUUUUUGAAACUACAAUUUUCCGAAGUAAAAUUUAAUGCUUUAUUUCAAAUCUGAAAAGAAAAAAUUGGUGUCCAGAACUCUUUUUGAGAUAAUCAGCAUUUAAUGGUAGCCCUACGUACGAGUUUUUGGCAAAAAAAAUUGCACCACACAAAGUGACAAGAAAAAAAAGUCAUAGUAGAUAACAUAACAGAUUUUACAGCUAAAUUAUUAUUCAUAUGAUAGCUAGCAGUCUAAUAUAAUUCGAACAUUAAUUAUGACCUAUCAUAUUGUCAGUCAAAAAGGAGGUGCCAGAAAUCACAUUGGUUAUAGUGGUUCCCGAAAUUCUGCGAACUCAUUAGUUGCACAUUUGGAAAUAAUUUGGUUUUUCAUUGCAGCUAGUCAAAAAUAUAAAAGGCACCGACUGAUUAUCAUUGAUUGACAGAAGCAAUAGAUUCAAGAAAUUCUCGUCAAUAAAUUUGACAAGCUGUAUUUUUUUUAAAAAAACAAAUAUUGUUUUCAAACACAAUAAUUAUUGACUCUGGAGUUUUACUUUUUUUUGUAGGAAGAUGAAGAUAUUGAUGAGAUCGUGAAGAUUUCCAACAAGCCUUUUCCAAGAAUUGUAUUUAAAGGGCAGCUAAGUUCCCCCGACGCUAUCUAUAUAAUAGCAGAUCAGCAAGUGCUAUGCAGCUCAACAAACACCACUCUGUUGGAGGCCACAGUCUGUUUGAUGGCAUGUUACUAUGUGUUCCUUUAUGACUAUCCAAGUGGCCUCAAUAACUUCUAUUUGUACUUGCAAAAGUGCAUAUUGCAACUUCAGGAUGGGAAGAAGCUACCAUCCACAGUAAUUAAUUUUGUAAAUGACAUUGAUGCUAUGUCAAAGAUCUGA